ACAGGUGGCGGCCAAGGUGUUGUACUGACGAUGAGUGGGUGUUUUCCUGUCGCUGGCCUCCGAUGCCUGUCUAGGGGCAGGCGGCGAAGGAACAAUGGAACACAACCAUGUGACAGUGAGAGGAAUCGGCUCAGACAGGCCAGGAAGACACGGUCAGAGGCCCCCUGAGAAGCGUUACCAAACCUGCGAAGAGUUAUGAGUGAAGACGACCUGGGGCACAUGCGCCAUGGCUGAUGGAGACCAUCUGCUUUAUCUGAAGACUUUCAGCUGAUGAGGAGGAGGGAAGCUCAAAGACCACCUUGUCUGAGUCGAGGACAAGUGACUUGAAGUGCACGUUCUUUCUCAGCAGAUGGAGUGUCAAAAAUAUUUGAUACGCAUUAUUUUCCCAGGACUUGCAAAAAUCAUCCAAGGUGUCCCCGGGGGGCAGGAUGGCCCAGGAGCUCAGCGAGAAGGAGCUGUUGAAGAUGGAGGUGGAGCAGCUGAAGAAGGAAGUGAACAACCCAAGAGUUCCGAUUUCCAAGGCGGGAAAGGAUAUCAAGGAUUUUGUGGAGGCUGAAGCAGGAAAUGACCCUCUUCUCAAAGGUGUCCCUGAGGACAAGAACCCCUUCAAGGAGAAAAGCGGUUGUGUGAUAAGCUGAUGGCCCUGGAGCCCGUCACCCUGAAUGUCUGUCCCUCCUCAGCCCCACUCUUCAGCAGGAGCCGAGUGUCCCCGGGACACCCACGGGACCAGGCAGUUUCCACCCUCUCUGGGCCACAGCACGCGUAAGGACACCUGGCCGCGCAGUGGGGGUCCGUUCCCCAACCCCUUCGACUCUCCCCUCCUCCACCUGCUGGGUCACUGCUGGCCCCGCUGGAGACCCUCCGAGGAGGGCUUUCCUGGGUCAGCAGCUCGUCGUACCUUGUACGGUGGGGUCUGAAGAGGCUGCGCCACCCGGGGACCCGAGACGGGAAUCCUUAGAGACAUUUAUUCCUCCACAGAGACGUCCUGUCUUCCCCUCCACGCUCUUCCCCAAACCGGCAUUCCUAUUCAGACUGGUUUGGGUUGAGGGCCGGAGGAGCGGGUCUUUCCUCCCCGUCGCAUGUCCCAUCCUGUGGUCCUCCUCUUAGUCACUUUAGAUCACCCCAGAGGGUCUGAGGACAAAAAGAGUUUGUAAAGUCAUGAUGUCAUA